UCUGGGGCGGCGGCUGCGCGGCGCGCGAUUGGCAGGGUCUCCCGCGGUGAGUGACGGCGCCGCCGCCGCCGCCGCCGUCGCCGCCGCCCAGGGUAGCGCGGAGCCUCCGCUCCACUGCCCCGCCGCCAUGGAUCUCUUCGGGGACCUGCCGGAGCCCGAGCGCGCGCCGCGGCCGUCUGCCGGGAAAGAAGCACAGGAAGGACCCGUGCUCUUUGAGGACCUGCCCCCGGCCAGCAGUACUGACUCAGGAUCUGGGGGACCUUUACUCUUUGAUGAUCUUCCACCUGCUGCCAGUGGCAAUUCAGGUUCCCAGGUGGUGAAGAAUGAAGGGAAAGGAGCAAAGAGGAAAGCCCCUGAGGAAGAGAAGAAUGGCGGUGAAGAGCUUGUGGAAAAGAAACCUCUUCGGUGAUCUUUGGUCUGAAAGGCUAUGUGGCAGAGCGGAAGGGUGAGAGGGAGGAGAUGCAGGAUGCCCAUGUCAUCCUGAAUGAUAUCACUCAGGAGUGUAAUCCUCCGUCAUCUCUCAUUACUCGGGUUUCAUACUUUGCUGUGUUUGAUGGACAUGGAGGAAUACGAGCCUCGAAAUUUGCUGCACAGAAUUUGCACCAGAACUUAAUCAGGAAAUUUCCUAAAGGAGAUAUAAUUAGUGUGGAGAAGACUGUAAAGAGGUGCCUGCUAGAUACUUUUAAGCACACCGAUGAAGAGUUCCUGAAACAGGCUUCAAGCCAGAAGCCUGCCUGGAAAGACGGGUCCACUGCCACGUGUGUCCUGGCUGUGGACAACAUCCUGUAUAUCGCCAACCUUGGAGAUAGUCGGGCAAUCCUUUGUCGAUAUAAUGAGGAAAGUCAAAAGCAUGCAGCCUUAAGCCUCAGCAAAGAGCACAAUCCAACUCAGUAUGAAGAGCGCAUGAGGAUACAGAAGGCUGGAGGGAAUGUCAGAGAUGGGCGUGUCUUGGGCGUGCUGGAGGUAUCUCGUUCCAUUGGAGAUGGGCAGUACAAGCGCUGUGGGGUCACAUCUGUGCCUGAUAUCAGACGCUGCCAGCUGACCCCCAAUGACAGGUUCAUUUUGCUGGCUUGCGACGGGCUUUUCAAGGUCUUUACCCCAGAAGAAGCUGUGAACUUCAUCUUGUCCUGCCUUGAGAUUCCUAGACAACUAUGUUUAGCUCGUUCCUGUUUCCCUGAAGUGAGUCCUGAGAUGACUACUAUCCUGGCUUACACUCAGCUGUCAAGUCAAUCUCAGGAGUGCUUGGUUCUGCUGCCUGAGUGGAUGGUCUAAGCCAUGGCAGGGAACCUCUGGGCAUGAUUGGCCCCCAAAGAACUUUCUAACCUCUCUCCAAACACCUUCUGUGUAGGAACAUCAGUGUUGGGGCUGUUUAGUGAAGUGCUUUUGUAGAUUUUGUAUAAACACUGGCUGGGUACUGUAAUACUACAUAGCUGCCUUUCCAGACCUGUUUUAUAAUAGUCACUAUCCUCCUCCACAGCCAUAUCACUAUUGGCCAGUUAGAAAAUGUACUGCAGAUGCUACAAGGACCUCAAAAUAUCCUGUACAAACCAUAGAUGACUUCUUAGGGUCUGUCAUGGAAAAGCCAUAAAUAGAAAUUGAAUGCAUACAAAUGUCCCUAAAUUUAAAUACUCAGAAGGCCAGCCUGGGUUACAUAGUAAGACCCUGCCUCAGAACCCACUCAGGGCUGAAGACAUCUUGGUGGAGGGCUUUCCUAGCAUGCUUGGAAUCCUGGGUGCCUUCACCAUAAACCAGGCAUGGCAGUACAUGCCUAUAGCCCCAACAUCCAAUUAGAGGCAGGAAGAUCAAAAUUGGAAGGCCACCCUCCACUAUAGCCAGUUUGAGGCCAGCCUGAGAUGCCUGAGACACUGCUCAAAAAACAAAACAAAAAAACCGAACAUACUAGAGAGGGUGUCGAGCUGGAGUCAGCUCAUUUGGUGAAAGUGCUUUCCCUUACGGGAGGGCCUGACUUUAAUUGCCAGUAUCCACACAAGAAGCCAAGUGUGGUAGCACACAGCUUAUAAUCCUGUUCUGGGAAUGGUGGGAACAGGCAGAUCCUCAGACCUUGCAUCUGGGACCUAGUAAGAUCCUGUCCCCACAAAACAAAGUGCUUGGCUCCUGAGGAACACCCAAAGUUGACCUCUGCAUGUACUACACACAGAGAAAUAAAACCUUUUCAAAAUAGCACUGUGAGCCCAGCGAGCUUGUUCAGCUGCACUUUCUGCCAAGCCUAAGCACCCAGAUUCAGUCUCCAAGACCCACAAAGUAAGAGAACCAACUGCUGUGGUUGUCAUCUGAUCUCCAUAUCUGCACCUCCCAAAUAAACGUAAUUCAAAUAAAUUUUAAGUAACUUCAAGAGCAUCAGUGCUACCCUGCCUACAGGGACUGAGAGACAGCAAUCCUGCUUGGAGACUAGGACCUGGGCAGCCUGGCAUACUGAAAGAGAAUGCCAACUCAUCAGAAAGCCAAACAGUUUAAUUUAGCAAUUUCAUAGCAACCCAGGAACCAUUCAGUGCCCCACAGGCUGUGACCCAUGUCCCCAAGUGCUUCUGUUUGGGUGACUCUUGGCACUGUGGCUUUCCUGGUUAGUAAGAGCCUCUCCUGCUACUUCAGUAGGAGUCCCAAAGGCAUUUCUCCCUUGCUUUCCAGAGCUUACCCCUCAUGGUCUUUGGUGAGGUAAGCUGGAAAGAGGAGGUCAUGCUUCUCAGGUCUGCCCUUCAUUGUUAUGGCUUUGUGUGAUCCAUUACAUAAAUAUAUCCUGCCUAGCAAUAUGACAAUAAAUACUUUUAAGUUGCUGUGUAACACA